AUGACUGAGGAUGAUGACGAAAGCAAUGACAACACCCCCAACCCCUCACAAAGCCCUCCCAAACCUAGCCAGACAUCCUCUCAUUUUCCCCAGGAACCAAUCUCAGGCACAACCCUGUUCGAAACUGAGGCCAGACGGAGGGAUAUCCUCUGGGACCAUGGGCGAGGCAACAUCACGACGGGGUGCCGGGAGAUCGACGAGAGUGUGCUUGUGGGUGGCGGGUUCGAGAGGGGUUGUGUGGUGGGGGUCAGCGCGGAGGAUGAGCACUGCGGGCUGGUCCUUGGGCUGCAGACGCUGGUGAGGUGCCUGCUGGCAAGGAAGGAAGACGGAGAGGGAAAAGGGAAGCCGAGGGUUAUGAUCAUCACUGCGGCGGCGGUGAGGUCGGUUGUGAGUGAGCUGAGGGCUGUGCUUACAGGACAAAUAACGGCGCUGGGACUGGAGACGGGAGCACGGGAAGAGAAAGGGACCGAGACGGGCUCGUUCUUGACAGACUGUCUUGAAAGGGUGGCGGUAUCGAGAGUGUUUGAUAUUAUUGGCCUGUGGGAGGCGCUGGCCGAGCUGGACCAGCCGCCGCCCCCCAGCCAGGAGGUCGGGGAGGGGCAAGAGCCGCCUUCGAGCCAGCCCAGGAACACCGACGACGAUUUCCAGUAUUCCACGAUGGACGACCCCUUGUCGAUGGUUACGGAGGAGGACGAAGUGGAGUUGCCUCGGAGGACACCGCCUGGUCAGAGGGAAGAGAUACCCGACAGUCAAGAGGAGGACUUGCUGUCGUCUCCGCUGGAGCCCAAAAGGGCAUUGUCGCCGAGAGCUUAUGUCGAGACUAGCGACGACGAUAAUACGGCUGCGGGUGAUACAAUCAAAGAGAUGAAACCUGAGCUGAUAUUCGAGAAGAAACCAGGCGAAGACCCCGCCCUCGAGAGACCUGCUCAUGUCAAGAAACAAGAAGAAUCCACACGCCCAGACAUGAUUCUUAUCACACACAUGUCGAAGCUCCUUCGCUCCCUUUUUAUCCAACGCCAACGCAACACAGCCCACGAGAUGGUCCAGCUCGUUGCCUCGCACCUCCGCUACAUCAGCCGCUCCCCUGAGCACGGCGGACCCCUCAUCAUGAUCCUCAACUCCACCACAUCCUCGGACCCAGAGGAAUCUGAAGAUCCUGAGGAACCAGAAGAUGCAGAAGGUCCCGAGAAACCUGAGCAUUUAAAUGUUCCAUCCGACCACAUACCAGCGCACAGCAGACCCCUCGACCCAACCUUGUGCUCCAUCUUUGACCAGCCCCCCUUACCAAUAUCCGAAAUCAGCUCGGUGUACGCAUACGACACGCCGCAGCAGCACUCACGACGCCGCAAUAAACCCUCCUUUGGGCUGAUCUUCUCCCAGAUGCUCGACAUGCACCUGCUGUGUACUACACUACCGAAAACGAGGGCGGAUGCCGAGUCCCUCUACGCGCCGGGCACUGGUGUGGCAAGGCAGGUGGAGUACGCGCGGGUCGUGGAAGUCCUGCUGGACGAUAUGGGCGUGUGGGAGGGUCGGGAGAAGGUGGUGGACGGAGGGGGAGGACCGAGGACGUGCAGGGAGCAGAACUGGGGGGCUGUUGAGGUUAGACAAGAUCGGUCUGGGCUGAGAGUUGUCGAUGCUUUUGAGAGGGAGAAGGAGAAGAAACUAAAGGAGGUGGUCCUUGCUGCUGGGUUUGGCGGACCGAGAGUUUGA